AUGGUUCGACCAAGGAAACACUUCUUCGAGACUGAAGAGCAAAGAAAACAACAACAGAGAGAAUAUCAACGAGAAUAUCGUAGGCGAUGUAUGCAACAAAUGAUAGAUGCUCAAAUGGAUGAGUCUACAAGCCAAAUAAAUAAAGAAGAUAGAGAAAGAUGCGCUAAACAUAUAGCAGAAAUGACAAAUGAGCAGUUACAAGGUGAAAUAAUACUAGAGGAAAAUGUUAAUAGGAAUAUAGUCAAUCAAAUACAUGAGCAUUGCUCUCAUUCUAAGCAACAUAGAAACAUAAAUAGAAAUACACGUCAAUGCAUGUCUACGGAGGCUCACUCACAGGAAGUCAUAAGAGAUCAAAAUUAUGCUGAGGUGUGUCCUGUACAUACUGAGGCGAGAGUAAAAAGUAAUCCCCAAAUAGGGGAAACACAACAAAUCAGGGAUCAUGAAAAUAUCAAAAUGAAUGUGCACAAAGUAGCUUUUCAAAGGAAUGUAGAAGAGGAAGGGCCAAGUUCAAUAGAACAUGUUGCAGAAACACCUGAAAAUGUAAAUCAACAGGGACAACAAUUCACUACUGAAUCAUUUGAACAUGACAUCCCAAAUGCCAGUAAAUUACUAGAGACUAAUUUCAUGAAAUUUCAAAUGGCAUUUUGUAAUAAAUUAGAUAGGUUGGCAUCACCAACAAUGUGCCAUAUUUGUCAAGAAUCUUAUAUUGGAAUCAAUGUCUCUCAUAGUCCCCAAGGGCCUAUUUGUACUAGAUGCAGACAAGAAAAAGGCAACCACAGAUUUUCAUCUGAAAAUAAUAUGGAUCCCGGGCCCCAACCAACAGAAUUGGCAAAUUUAUCUCAAGUGGAAGAAAUGCUAAUUGCAUGUGUUAGCCCAAUUUUGCAAGUGACACAUGCAACUAGUGGUCAGUUCAAAUACAAAGGACACACAAUAAGCUUUCCACAGAACAUUGAAAAUAUGGCCAAAAAAUUGCCACAUUUAGUUAAAGAUCUUCCAUUGAUUGUAGUUCGUAGAAAGGAUCAAUGUGGGACAAGCUAUAAUUUCACAGUAAAUAAAUAUCAUGUCUACACAGCCAUACGAUACAAAAUUCAACAUGAUAAGUUUUACUCUGAUGUAAUUGUUGAUGAAAAUGCUCUAGACAAUAUACCACCAAAUUUAGAUCAUAAUGUUUUUAACGAGUUAAGAACUGUGCAUAUGGAGUUUGAUUCUAAUAGAAAUGAAGUUGUUUUUGUGGGCCCCAUUAUGGAGACAGAUGAGAGAAACAUAAUAGAGUGUACAGCAUCGAUGGCAUCCAAACCACCAAAUGCCCAAAGGGAAAUGGAGUUGAUUCAUGCAUGGGUCAACAAUCCUAAUGUAGACCCAACAAUAAUGAUGGAUUGGCCCAUGAUCAGUGCAUCUCCCAUAAAUGAAUAUACAAUGCCAGGAUUGCUCAACCUGACUUUCCCAUCUUUAUUUCUCAAUGGUAAAUGUGAUUGGUUGGAACCGAGACUAAGGAAAUUGCAUCUACAUGAAUUUUCCAAGCACCUCCUACGAUAUAGAGAUAAUAGAUUCGGUAAGCAUCCAAGAUUUCGUUAUUAUAUGAUGAACAUGAUUAUGAGACAUCGAGCACAUAGCUCCACAACUAUUUGUGUAAAAAGAAGUCUGCACGAAAUGCCAAUCACAAUACAGGAGUUGCGUGAACACAUGGACAACACACCACAUUCGCAUCUAGCAGAUAGAUUGAUGCGAUUUGGAACCUGUUUAAGGGGAACAAGAUCUUAUUGGACAAAGUGUCGAGCAGAAUUAACAAACAUGCUUCACCAAGUUGGAACACCAACAAUAUUUUUCACAUUAAGUGCAGCAGACUUGUACUGGCCAGAUUUACAUGCAUUGAUGCCCGGAACACCACCAAGCAAUCCACGAGAAGCACAAUUAUGGAGAAAACAAAAUGUCAUCGAUUAUCCUCACAUUGUUUCACAAUACAUGCAUUCACGAUACUCAACUUUCAGGAAAGAGAUCCUCGACAAGGGCAUGAAUGUCAAAGACUAUUGGUGUAGAUACGAAUGGCAACAUAGGGGAUCCACACAUGUGCAUGGUUUUAUAUGGUUAAAUGGAGCACCAAAUAUGGAUAAUAUUGAUUGGAAUAAUCAAAAUCAAUUGUACUAUGCUGAAUCAUAUCUACACGUUUUAGUUCACGCAUGUAACCCUCGACAAGACACACACCUUCGAAACAUACAGGUAUAUCGAAAUUUCAAUCUACACCCAUGUGUAAAAAACAUAAGACAACUGGCAGAAACUUCUCUCCAUGAUGACUAUGAUGAGAUUUUGAAUACUGUUCAAAGACACACAACGUGUCAAGAGGGUGCAUGUCUAUGCAAAAAAAAAGGGAAAUUGGUUUGCAGGUAUAAUGCCCCAUGGCCGUUAAAUUUAGAAGCUUCUAGAAUUUAUAAAGACUUAGAAAGUGGUGAAAUGAAAUUUGAGCCAUUUAGAAAUGAUGACAGAGUUAACUCAUAUAAUCGAUACAUACUCCAACUAUGGAGAGCAAAUAUUGAUUGGCAACCUGUUAUGUCAAAACAUGUUGUAACUAAAUAUAUUGCAAAGUAUGCAGCCAAAGCUGAAAAAAGCUCAGAAACAUACCAUCAAAUGUUAUUAUGGUUAGCAAAUGUAGAAAAUCCUGAUGAUUUAGCAGCAAAAGCAUAUAGAAGGCUUCUUACCGAAACACUAAUAGAAAGGGAUAUUGGAGCCCAAGAAACAAGUCACAUGCUACUAGAACUUCCAUUGGUACAAAGCAGUAGAAUAUUUGUCAACUUAAAUGUUUGA